CUUUAACUCCUGUUGUUUGUUUUCAGGCACGUGGACUCCCUUUAAUCCAGUGACUGUCAGAUCGAUCAUAUCCAUGUUUGACCGUGAGAACAAGGCCGGCGUGAACUUCGGCGAGUUCACGGGUGUGUGGAAGUACAUCACAGACUGGCAGAACGUCUUCCGCACGUACGACCGGGACAACUCUGGGAUGAUCGACAAGAACGAGCUGAAGCAGGCCCUUUCAGGUUUCGGCUACCGGCUCUCUGACCAGUUCCACGACAUCCUCAUUCGAAAGUUCGACAGGCAGGGCCGGGGGCAGAUCGCCUUCGAUGACUUCAUCCAGGGCUGCAUCGUCCUGCAGAGGUUGACGGAUAUAUUCAGACGUUACGACACGGAUCAGGAUGGCUGGAUUCAGGUGUCGUACGAACAGUACCUGUCGAUGGUCUUCAGUAUCGUAUGACCCUGGCGUCUCGUGAAGAGCAGCACGACAUGGCAAGAGUCGAAACGCCAAAGUUCCUGCCUGUGAGGGAAUGGAGCCCAGAUGCAGUUAGAUGCUGUUCUUCCUUUAGAUUUUACCAUGUGGGGACCCAGCUGUACAUAUGUGGAUAAGGUGAUUAAUGUUUUCCAACUGUAAUAGUAGCUGCAUCAUUAUGAUGCAGACAUUGGAUUUGGUGACUGUCUCAUUGUGCCAUGAGGUAAAUGUAAUAAUGUUUGAGGCAUUCUGCUUGCAAAAAAAUCUAUCAUGUGCUUUUCUAGAUGUCUCUGGUUCUAUAGUGGAAAUGCUUUUAUUAGCCAGUAUGAAUUUUAAAAUAAUAUGGAACUUGCACAAAAGGCUUUUCAUGUGCCUUACUUUUUUAAAAAGGAGUUUAUUGUAUUCAUUGGUAUGUGUGAUGUAAGCAAUAAAGGGAAUGUUAGACCUGU